AUGGCGACCAUUCCGAAUGCUGACAUUAAAACAAUUUACGUCAAAAUUAUAGCAAUCCACGGUACAGACGCCGUUGACCCUCCAUACAACGUCCCCACGUGUACCCCGACGUUCCUGCAAGUGAAUUUAUCCGAAGCUACCAGCGUCAACACCAUCAUCGUCCCUGCGUUAGGGUGCACCGAUGCCGACGACCCGUCCACCCCAGAGGGAACUCUCCUGUACAAGAUGUUGUCAGGAAAGGCCGCAAGAUUUGACGUUGAUGCGAACACUGGCGCCAUCAAGCUAAAGAAGAAAUUCAACGCAGACUUUCAAAAAUACUAUUUUGUUGAGGUGGAAGUAUAUGAUCAAGGGGUACCUAGCCAGACCGCUAUCGUCGGGGUCAGUAUCUACCUGUUCUCCGUCAACGACAACGCCCCCAAAAUUACGAACCUCCCGGCCAGCAUCACCGUGGACGAGAUGUCUGCACCUGGCACUCUCAUAACGAGUUGUACCUUGUCUGAUAAGGACUCGGGGAGUGGUGGCUUGGCAGGAGAGGUACGGAUCGAGAUCACAGGUGACACAAGCAUUCUUGGUGUCGACGUAACGUCAGGGGAGGUAACUCUCAACAGCCCCGUCGACUACGAAUCUGGACAGGUGGAGUAUUCACUCAUUAUUGAUGUCAAGGACACCGGACUUAUACAGUACACGGCUAGCGUAGAGGUCAAGGUCACCGUCACCGACGUGGAUGACCAUGAUCCAACGUGGACUUCGACGAGCGUGUUCACAACAAGUGCCAUCGUGGUGACAGCUGCUCUAGACCGCGAGACGUUGCCCGUAGUGGAGUUUGACAUCACCGCUUACAGCAGCAACAACGAAGACAAGAAUAUUACGGCUCACGUAACUAUCACGCUCACCGACGUGAACGAUGAAGAGCCAAGUUUCACUCUGCCCGUAUACGCUGUGACAUUACCGGAAAACUCAGCAUCUGGGUCGACAGCAGGGACGGUGACUGCAAACGACCCCGACGACGGAGCGGGCGGACAAGUCGAAUAUUCAAUAGAUGGAACAUUUUUCAACAUCGACGUGAACUCUGGUGUAGUGACCAUCACAGAUAUCCUUGUCACCGGAACUGACCAUGUCGCACGUGUGACUGCAGUGGACAAAGGAGUGCCCAGUCUGACGUCACAAUGCAUGAUUGUGUUGACUGUCACCCCCGUGAACGACUACACACCGACAUUUUCGCCACUGCCCACCCAGAACAUUCCUGAAGACACACAGCCAGGAACAACGGUGCUGCAGAUCACCGCUACCGAUGCCGACGUUGGUGUUGAUGGUGACGUCGUCUAUUCCCUGCAAGACCCAUCUGUUCCAUUUCUCAUAGACAGUGCAUCAGGCGAGAUAAUUACACGACUCAAUCUGGAUAGAGAAACAAACUCAACUUGGGACGUCGUUGUCAUCGCCACAGACAAAUCAACAACGUCUCCAAAGUCUUCAUCCGUCACGGUUCAGUUUGACAUCACAGACGUCAAUGACAACGUCGCCAUCUGUGAUCCCGUUCCAACAAUUAUCGUGCCCAAACCAUACACAACCGGAACGACACUAACAGCGUUGGUAUGCGUUGACGAUGACGCUGACGUAAACGCCGAGCUGAUUUAUACCAUCGCUGCCGGGGACUCUGGAGUGUUUGGUGUUGAUGCAACAGGGAGUCUCAAACUCUCAGCAACACCUACAUCAUCUUCAUAUGCUCUCAUGAUCGCAGUCACCGACAAAGGGGCAUCGCCUCUCAGCACCCAAGUCCCAGUCCUGGUGUUCGUGGAGGUUGAUCUGUCGUUCACAAACCUCCCCGCGAGCGUCAACAAAUUGGAAGACGUUUCCGCUGGAGAACCAGUGAUGAAAGUCCAAGCAUGUUGCUCUUUCAGUACUUUGGUGUAUGAGAUCGCAUCUGGAAAUACUGGUGACAGAUUCGGUAUCGAUCAGUAUUCAGGACAGAUCUAUGUUCUGGCAGACCUUGACCGAGAAGACGUUGCCAAUUACAGUAUUGGUAUCAGAGUUAGAACCUUUGAUUCCAGCCAGUCCACAGACAGCUCUCUUGACAUUAUACUCAACGACGUCAAUGACAAUGACCCUGUUUUCGGAGCAACAUUUACCAAAAUACCUGUUGUCGAGUCCAUCAAUGUAACUACAGGUAUUCAGAUGAUAUCUGCAACUGAUGCUGAUUUUGGUGUUAAUGCUGAUCUUACAUAUGUCAUAGUAUCAGGUAACGUUGACAAUACUUUCAUCAUAAACCCAUCUGGGAUGCUGAUUCUGGACAAGCCUCUAGAUGCAGAGACACUCAGUGCUUAUACGUUGACCAUAUCUGCAACCGAUGGUGGCAUCCUGUCCAGGUCAGGGGAGACAACUGUUUUGGUGGAGGUGACUGAUGUCGAUGAACAUCCCAUAGACGUCAUCGGCUUGGUUAAUGGAGCUGUCAACACCUCCGUUGAUGAAAAUGCUGUAUUAGGGACCCACGUGUAUCAAAUUGUUGCCCAAGAUCUGGAUAUAUCCUCGCAACUUACCUACGUUAUUACGAGUGGCAAUGAUGGAACGUUUCUUAUCUAUAAUGGAUUUAUAACCCUGCUUAAGCUCCUGGACAGGGAGACAAAGGAUCUGUAUGUUUUUAGUGUGAACGUGUCAAACCAAAUCAAUGAUACGGUGGCAAUGGAAUUGACGAUUGUGGUCAAUGAUGUCAACGACAACGACCCAAAGUUUAAUCAGACUCUGUACUCGUUUGAAUUACAUGAUGGUGUAACUGUAGGUGCUUCCGUUGGAACUGUUAAUGUUUCCGAUUUAGAUAUUGGAACUAAUGCCAAGAUUGAUCUGACCAUCAUGGGAGGAAAUGAUGGAGAUGUGUUUGAGCUCGAUGGAAAUACCAUUAAAACUAAAGGAACCGUGGACUACACUACACAGAAGCAGUACACACUGGAUGUACGGGCAUCUGAUAACGGCCCUACGAUCAGAUCGUCAAAGACAGCUGUCAUCAUCAGUAUCCUCCAAAAUUUAGUAAUUCCAGAAUUUGGACCAAAUUCAUUAUCAAUAACUUUAGAUGAAAACACGGUCGUCAAAACACCCAUAACAGACCUUAAUGCCACAGUAAGCGGUGCAAAUGAAGAUGACUUAGUUUAUUCAAUUCAAAAUGGGAACACGAAUAACUCUUUCCACAUACAUGAGUCGACUGGGGAGGUCUAUAUUGCAGGACAAUUAGACUUUGAGGCCACGCAGCAAUAUAACCUUGUUAUUCAGGCUACAAGGAGGGAUAACUCUUCAUCCACCGAUACGAUAACCCUGGACAUCAUCAUUACGAAUCUGAACGACAACCCGCCAAUAUUCAGUAUGCCGGUGUACGAGAUGACGACACCAGAAGGAUCUAAUGUUGGGACUACUGUGGGACAAGUGGUGGUAUCAGAUGGUGAUGGGGGAACUUUGGGACAGGUCACCAUGGCAAUGUCACCAUCAAGUGGAUCUACUGACUUUACGUUUGAUCCUGUUUCGGGGUAUCUGACUGUUGCGGUGGUUACUGAGUAUAGUAGACAGGGUGUGUACUAUAUGGCUGUGGUAGCCACUGAUGGCGGCAGUCCAGCACGGUCUUCCACUGCUGUGGUCGUGGUUAAGGUUGAGGAUACCAACAACCACACCCCAGAAUUCUCAGAUACCGUUUACUCCUUUCCUGUUAUUGAAACCAUGCCGGUUAAUGAUGAAGUCUACACAGUCAGGGCUACAGAUGCUGAUGCUGGACUCAAUGCUAAAUUAACCUACCAAAUAACCUCUGGUAAUGAUGCUGGGGUUUUCGUGAUAGACGCCGAAACUGGAGUCCUCCGAACUGGACAGAUGACUGUCACUGUCCGAGUUACACCAGUGGCUAAUUCUGUGAUUUCAACGUUUGACUUUGCAAUCUUAGAAAACUCCGCCAUUGGUUCAUCUGUUGGUGAAGUGACUCCUCAUGGAAGUCACAGAGCUGGAGCUGUUGUAACGUUCUCCAUUGUAUCUGGCAACUUUGACUCCUUGUUCGCCAUAACGAAGAUGCCAAACGGAAAUGGGGAGAUAACUCUCACAAAGCAACCAGAUCGUGAGACAUACAGCCAGUUCGUUCUGACAGUGAAUGAGCUGGAUGACAACAGUUUAUCUGAAGACAGAAUUGUUAAGAUUACAAUCCUGGAUGAAAAUGACAACGACCCCGUUUUUCCUACGUCGACUUUGAACAUCAAGGUUGUAGAGAAUUCUCCAGCUGGGUUUGUUGUUUCGACCAUUACAGCAACAGAUCCUGAUGACGGAACAAAUGGACAGAUUACGUACUCCAUACCGACGUCAUACGUCGCUGGCAACGGGUUGUUUCAGAUUGACAAUUCCGGCGUUCUUUCUGUAAAGGAUCCAGCAGACUUUGAGAGCAAUCCUGUUGUAAACUUUGCUAUCUCUGCGACCGACGGUGGUGGCAGAUCAGGGGAGAUUACUCUAGUUAUUGAUAUUGUUGAUGUGGCUGAAACCGUCAUCGAAGCGGACACGUCAGGGACGUCUGCCUUCAUAUCCGCGGAGGUCCCCGACACUGCAGCAACGGGGGCCGCCGUGAUAACGUUGACGUUGGAUGCUUUUGGUCUUAAUCCUGUAGAAGUGAACAGCGUCAAAUACGUGACGGUCAGCGGCGGAGGAGUGGUCAGCGUCAACGAAGACACUGGUGUUGUCACAGUAAAGGAUUCAGGGAAACUAUUCAAGGACACUCGACAUUUUGAAUGGGUCAUUUGCCAAGCGGUCAACGUCACCUCCGGACAAUCGCUGGCCGUUCUUGGGCUUGUAAGAGUUGACUGUUUUGAAGCAGCGAGGCACAUGAUUGUAAUAACGUUCAGCGACACCAAAGACGUCAUUGAACUGAAUAGGCAAGGAGUUCGGUCCCAUAUCCAGAGUUUCUUCCUAUCGACCCAGUACGCUGGCAUAUGGGAGGUGCGACAGGAAGGGACUUCAGCUAGGCGGCGUCUUCUAGCAGCACAGUCGUCAGCCCAGGUGUACGUGGUGGCCGACCCCAGUGUGAACUCUCUCAGUGGUGCCCAGAGCCCAAAACAGUUCCUGACUCAGCAGGCCGUCCUACAGGUGCUGCAGUCGUCCUCAGAUGGAACUCCCGUGGCGGGUCUAUCCUCCGGGGCGGCCACUGUUGACCAGGUGAUGCCAUACGACGCAGGGACGACGUCAGCGGCAGCUGUCUUCACGGCGUCCCCGGUAGGCAUCACUGUCAUCGCUCUAGCUGCAGCUGUCGGGUUGGUCAUCCUCAUCCUCAUCGUCACCUGUAUCAUCUGGAGGCUGAAGAAGAAGGCCAGAGACAACAACCCGUCCGUGACAACCCCUCACCAAACAAAAGGAUUCAAACCCAUCUUCGACACAGGAAAGAGCAACUCUCACGACCUUCCUGGCAAUGGAAGCGUAUCUGAGACGACAAUCCGACGUCUUCUGUGCAUCUACGAGCGUGCCAGAACGCCAAUCCCGAUUGCAGAACAUCAUGGUCAACUUCUCCAGUAG